CCACGCCGGGGGCUGGCGGGGGCUGGGGGAUAUAAAGCUGAGCCCGACACUUCCAUGAGAAUCCAGGGAGGCUCCAGCACCGGGAACAUGGGACACCCUUGGCUCUGCCUGCUCUGCCUGCUGGGCUCUGGCCUCAUCCUGCUGGGCACCCCCGAGCCAGUGCCAGGGGUCCUUCCCCCCCUGAGCCUGCCCGGGCAGAGCCGGGAGGAGACAGAGCUGGUGGAGGUGCUGCAGGAGGUGCUGGAGAAGCUCGGGACCAAGGAUCCGCCGGCGCUGGAGAAGAGGCUGAGCUGGGUGCCCUCGUGCGAGCCCGGGGAGCCGUGCGCGGUGCGGCGCGGGGCGCGCAUCGGGAAGCUCUGCAGCUGCCCCCGCGGCACCUCCUGCAACCUCUUCAUCCUCAAGUGCUCCUGAGGGAUCGGGGACACCGGGGGACACCAGCUGCCACCCGCCUGUGCCCCGGGCAGGGGAGAGGGAGCCGCGGGCCCCCAGUCCCCUCCCCGCACCGGGAUGGACCUGCACGGCACCCUCCGGUGCCUGGGCUGUGGGGCUGGGGUGGGACACAUUAAAUGAUUGAAUUCACCCUGCUGACUGCUUUUUGCGGGGAUUUUGGGGUGCCAGCCCCCCUCUGCCGCCG